ACCGGAAACGCUUUCCGUACGGCGGCAGACGACAGGACGGACGCCGCUUUCAAACAACAAGACACCUAACAACUCCUCAGAGAUGAAACCUUUCACUCACAGCGCGAAUUCACCGGUGGACUCCAGCCUGCUCGGUCUCAUACUCUAAACCCGCAAACUAUCGAUCCUUCUGGAAAGUCUGGGGCUGUCGCUAGGGUGAACGAUGUCCAUAGUUACCGUGCAGCUCGGUCAGUGCGGUAACCAGGUGGGUCACGAGCUGUUUGACCUCCUGUGCAGCGACGCUCAGCAGGGACAGAGGAAGCUGUACAGCACGGCCAGCUGUGAGCGCUUCUUCCACCAAACCGCACAUGGAGAGCUUGUAGCCAGGGCGGUGCUGGUGGACAUGGAGCCCAAAGUGAUCAACCAGAGUAUCAGCAGGGCGGUGAAGGGCGGCAGGUGGAGGUAUGGAGAGAGUUCACACUUCAGCCAGAAGCAGGGCUCCGGAAACAACUGGGCCAAUGGGUACUGCGUCCACGGCCCCCGCCACAGAGACGUAGUGGAGGAGCUGGUGAGGCGAGAGGUGGAGCGCUGUGACAGACUGGCUGGGCUCAUGGCCAUGAUGAGUGUGGCAGGGGGAACGGGAUCCGGGGUCGGUACCUAUGUCACCCAGUGUCUCCGAGACAUCUACCCCAAGUCCUUCAUCCUCAACCACCUCACCUGGCCGUACGGCACUGGGGAGGUGAUUGUCCAGAAUUACAACUCCGUGCUGACGCUGGCUCAUCUCUACCAGCUGUCGGACGCCAUCCUGGUGCACGAGAACGACACGGUGCACAGGAUCUGCAGUCAGCUGCUCAACAUCAAACACAUCUCCUUCAGCGAUGUCAACAGGGUUAUCGCUCACCAGCUGGGCAGCAUCAUGCAGCCCGCACUCACCGCCGACUCCCAUGGAGUCUACAGCAGAAAUCCCUUGGGUGAGCUGGUGAGUGCCCUCACAUGCCACCCAGAGUACAAGCUGCUCAGUGUGUGUACUAUCCCUCAGAUGUCUAGCUCCUCCAUAGCCUACAGUGCGUUCAGCUGGCCAGGCCUGCUCAAACACCUACGACAAAUGCUCAUUUCUAACACCAAGAUGGAGGAAGGUAUAGACUGGCAGGUGCGUCCACCUGCAGGCUCUGAGCGGACCAGGAGUCUCACAGGACCCAGCUUUAACACCUCUCUGGCCAACCUGCUCAUACUGAGAGGGAAAGACGUGUACAGCGCAGAGACAGGUGGCUUUGAGGACCCGGCCCUGUACACCUCCUGGCUCCCAUCAGAAGAAGCUUUCAACUUGUGGAAAUCCCCAGUGCCUUUUAAUAAGUAUGAGAAAUCUGCCACACUGGUCAGUAACAGUCAGGCUCUGCUCAGACCUCUGGAUAACAUGGUGGGAAAAGCCUGGAAUAUGUUUGCAUCCAGGGCCUACAUCCAUCAGUACAUUAAAUUUGGGAUCUCAGAGGAGGACUUUCUUGACAGCUUUACGUCUCUUGAGCAAGUCAUCUCCAGCUACAGUCAGCUGUGCUAGAAAUGGGAAGAACUAACAAGCACCACCUUGUCUUUGGACUGUAUGUAGACAAGAGAACACAAAAACCUGGAGUGGUGAGGACUGAUGCAACUACUUUGCACUGGAAUUAUGACACACAUUCAAAGCCUUUUUAAUGGAAAUAUGCAAUUUUAUUAAAAUUAAAUUAUAUUAUAUUCUUAUGGA